UAUGUGGUCUAUGACGUCAUCAGAGCCCACUGAGCCAGACUACAGGUACCGGGUCCAUGUGGUCUAUGACGUCAUCAGAGCCAGACUACAGGUACUGGCUCCACGGGGUCUAUGACGUCAUCAGAGCCCACGGAGCCAGAUUACAGGUACCGGGUCCACGGGGUCUAUGACGUCAUCAGAGCCCACUGAGCCAGACUACAGGUACCGGGUCCAUGUGGUCUAUGACGUCAUCAGAGCCAGACUACAGGUACUGGCUCCACGGGGUCUAUGACGUCAUCAGAGCCCACGGAGCCAGAUUACAGGUACCGGGUCCACGGGGUCUAUGACGUCAUCAGAGCCAGACUACAGGUACCGGCUCCACGGGGUCUAUGACGUCAUCAGAGCCCACGGAGCCAGACUACAGGUACCGGCUCCACGGGGUCUAUGACGUCAUCAGAGCCAGACUACAGGUACCGGCUCCACGGGGUCUAUGACGUCAUCAGAGCCCACUGAGCCAGACUACAGGUACCGGGUCCAUGUGGUCUAUGACGUCAUCAGAGCCAGACUACAGGUACUGGCUCCACGGGGUCUAUGACGUCAUCAGAGCCCACGGAGCCAGAUUACAGGUACCGGGUCCACGGGGUCUAUGACGUCAUCAGAGCCAGACUACAGGUACCGGCUCCACGGGGUCUAUGACGUCAUCAGAGCCAGACUACAGGUACUGGCUCCACGGGGUCUAUGACGUCAUCAGAGCCAGACUACAGGUACCGGCUCCACGGGGUCUAUGACGUCAUCAGAGCCAGACUACAGGUACCGGCUCCACAGGGUCUAUGACGUCAUCAGAGCCCACGGAGCCAGAUUACAGGUACCGGGUCCACGGGGUCUAUGACGUCAUCAGAGCCAGACUACAGGUACCGGCUCCACGGGGUCUAUGACGUCAUCAGAGCCCACGGAGCCAGACUACAGGGAGACCCUCUGUGGAGCUCCAGGCUUCUCCUCACAGACCCUCAGGCCAUCAGAGAAGCUCAUUUCAGGUUCCUCCUUGCCGGCGCUGACGUCAUCACCACGGCAACAUACCAGGCCAGCGUCGCCGGGUUCACCGGAGAGCCGGACGUGAGCGCCGAGCGCGCCAGAGAGCUGCUGGUGUCCGGAGUCCGGCUGGCCGGAGAGGCCGUGGACCGGUUCCUCUCCGACGCUCGACCAACAGGGCGCAGGCGGCCGCUGGUGGCGGCGUCCGUGGGGCCGUACGGGACGUUCCUUCACGACGGCUCCGAGUACUCCGGCGCUUACGCGGAGCAGAUGAGCGUUGAAGAUCUUAAAGUCUGGCACCGGCCUCAGAUCGACGUCCUUGCAGCCGCCGGCGCCGACCUUGUUGCCUUGGAGACGAUUCCGAGCAUCAAGGAGGCGUCGGCUCUGCUGGAGCUGCUCAGAGAGUUCCCCGACUGCAGAGCCUGGCUGUCCUUCUCCUGCAAGGACGGGAGGCGACUGUCAGACGGCAGCUUGUUCACCGACGCCGUGCAGAUGGCUCAAAGGUCCACUCAGCUGGUCGCCGUCGGGGUCAACUGCUGCUCACCGGCACUGGUGGAGCCGCUGCUGGACUCUGCCGGGUCCCUACGGAGCCCAGACCUGAGUUGGGUGGUGUACCCCAACAGUGGAGAGGACUGGGACUCUGAGCAGGGCAGCUGGACGGGGAAGCGCUCGGCGUCGAUAGCUCAGCUCAGCCGCUCGUGGAUGAAACUCGGCGCCGCUCUGAUCGGAGGGUGCUGCCGCGUCGGCCCGGCUCACAUCGCAGAGUUACGACGCGUCGCGUCUUCCGUCUGACUGGACGAUGUCGUUGACAAGAAAGACGUCCGUAAACAAAUCAUUGUCAAAUGAGUCAUGAAUAAAUAAUAAAUAAAACCGUC